AUGUUGCUCUUCCUACCUUCCCCAGCUGCGGCAUUGCCGUCUGCUUGGAAACGCCCCUUAAGCAUUUCCACCCAGUGUAUAUUAUCCGCCCUGGCGUUCGCAAGUCUGUCUCUGCUCCUUAAUAAUCUGCUCGCCGCCUCUGCUCAUUCCAUCCCAACCUCGACUCACACGUCCGUUCGCCCCGCGAACGGUGAUGCUGCUCCAGAUGCCAUCGCGCCGGGUUUUCCUCCAGAGGAAAAUCCAGCCGCCACGGACGCAGGCACCACGUUGUACGAUACUUACUCGAAAAAAGAUGCAUCACCAGAGUCAAGCGCGUCGCCAGGCUCGGCAGCCUCGGAGGUCUCUGGAGCUGCGCUGCUGGCGUUCCUUGAUGAGCACCGGCAUGCCUUCGCUACAGCGGAGGGCGCGGAUCUCCCAAAACCGUCAGAAGCGGAGCCGCCGCGUUUUUUUGAGCGAGACGCAGAGCUGGAAGGCGCCGAGGGACCUCGUCGACCCCUGGAGCUGUUUGAUUACAUCGUCGUCGGCGCGGGAGCAGCGGGCUGCCCGUUCGCGCGAACGAUGGCGAAUGCAGGUAGCCUGUCACAACAGUUCACAUUCUCAGGAUACCCCGGCAAGCGUGUGUUGGUGAUUGAUCGGGGGCCUGCGCGUUCGGCUGAGCGGACGCCGUGGGCGAUGGACUUGGAAGGAGCGGGUCGAGGCAUCAACGACGAAAGCAUCAGCCAGCCAGUUGUGACGACUCAGGGCGUGCGCACACACAUCGGCAAAGUCAUGGGCGGCGGCACGAGCGUCAACGUCGCCAUCAUGGUGCAGGAACUCGACGAGUACUUCACCUAUCUCAAUCGCGAACACGGCCACUCCUGGGACAUCGAAGCCGUCCACCGGGCUUCGGCAUGGGUCGAGCAGAAAGUGGCGUGGCCGAUGCUGCAAGACAACGACUUUUCGCGCGCAGUUUGUCGGAGCUUCGUCGAGCAGAAGUUCAUUCCUCAUGGCGGCUUUCACGAAGACGGAAACUACACUUACCCGAUUCCGACCUCGGUGCAGCUGAGACAUGGCGAGUUCUGGAGGUCGAUGUCGCUCUUCAACUCCUCCGACGCGGGCUUCAGGAACGCGGCAGAUAUCUUCUUGGCAGCCAACUACGGAGCUAACUUUGCCAGCUUUACGCCCGCCGAAAAUAUCGAACUCAUCACCGACCACAUUGUCCUGAAAGUGGUGUUUGACAUGUCUGGACUUCGCCCUCGAGCGCGCUGCGUGAACUACCGAAGGACGCGAGCCUUUGAUCUCCGCACGCUUGGAGAGAGCUCGCCCAGACGGCAGCGACGCGGCGCAAGCGCGCGCUUGUGGCGCGCGAUGCACAGCGAGUUUUCGAUUGCGCAGAAUCUCCGCCCGCCGCGCGUGUUCCACGCGUGCGUGAGGGAGGGCGGCGAAGUCGUGAUGGCGUCGGGCGCGAUCUUGUCGGCUGUGAACCUGUUCAAGUCGGGAGUCGGUCCUGCGAAGCAGAUCGCGGCCUUGGGGCUCCCGCUCAUCCUAGACGUCCCGGAGCUCGGCCAGAAGUUCUCCGACCGCAUCGCAGUGCCCGUGGGCCUCUUCUUGACGCGCGAACAGCAGCGGAAAUUCAGCGCCCCCCGGAUCUCCGACGUCAUCGGCUUCCGCGCGUUCGGUCCCGAGUGCAGCGACUUCGCGAUCGGAGCGCGGACGCUCAAGUGCACGCAGGUGAUUGUGGAAACGAUGUACGGCCCUCACGCGAUGGACGGUCCAAUUCUCGCCGCGCGCGCCCUGGUGCCGCCGCACCUUCGAAACACAACGGUCAUGUCCGCGACCUUCCGCCUCUUCAGCCGCUGUGCUCAAGCUACCAAACGCGAGCGCCGCACGAUGCCAAUCUGCAUCCUCCUCCGCAGAGCGAUUGAGUGUGCGAGCCGCACGGCGGUGCAGUUCACGUUUAUCUCUGAGCCGAAAUCGCGCGGCAGCGUCAGACUCGAGAGAAACGGAAACGUGAGGAUUGAUGCAAAGUACCUCCAAGAUCCUCAGGACUUCUUCGACGCGAUACGAGGCUUGCAAACGACGCUCGAGCGAGUCAACAGCGACGCCUUCCGGGGCCUUGUGGACCCUCUGGGGGAAACUGCCUGUCCGGUUUUCCUCCUCGACACCUUCCUUCAAAUCGUGACCAAGCUGCUCCAAGAAACGUCCCCCGCCUCUCUCACCCCCGAGCUUCUCGAGGAAGUUCAGAGGCACCACGACACGAUGGUCAGGAUCUUUCCCGUGACAGACGCGGACGAGGGCGACGAUGAGGACGAAGACGAAAAAGGCAUAAGCGCGAAUGAGCACAGAAAGAAAACCGGAGCAACGCCGGCGACCCGCGGAGAGAGUCGACUGUCCUCUCUGGAGCGAAUUGCGGAUAUGCAACGUUUGUUGGAGAACUUGCUUGAGCGUGCGAGCGAUGAAAACGACAACGAGCGAGUGCUAAGUCGCCCUGCGUAUACAGUUCACCUGCCGCGGCUCGCAAGGUCGAUGGCAGACCCUGGCUGCAAUGCAACAUGUAAACUUGUGAGCGACGAAUUCACCAACGGACUCUACAGCAAAACUUGUCCGCUGCAAGACGUCUACUACCGCUUCUACGGGCUCUGUCCCUCAUCUGCGGAGGCGAAGCGAGACCGCGGCGCUGAAGCGUCUGAGAGAGAGGAACCCGACGACGAAGACCUGGUCAUUCGCAUCCCCGCUUCCUCCAGAAGCUUCCAACAAAAAGAGACGCUCCAGGCCUCUCAGCAGUGGGUCGCGAGCUACCCGCCCAUCCUGCCGUCCCCCGACGAUCCACAGCAAAUGGCUGAGUACGUCUUGACCUUCAUGAGCAGCAUCUGGCACCAUGCAGGAACGGCGGCGAUGGGGACGGUCGUGGAUGACUUUUUCCGCGUCAAGGGUCUUGACGGCCUCUCCGUCGUUGACGCCUCCGUCCUCCCCCAAAUCACCCGCGGCAACCCAACGGCUACACUCCUCAUGAUGGGGCGCUACGCGGCUUUGAAGAAAUUGGGCGCGCUCGCGCAGAGUCACGCGGCCGUCGCGUGA